GGCUCGCUCACACACACGCACGCACAGAGGGUCGCUCACACACACACACACACACACACACACACACGGCGCGAGGGACUCCAGUUCAGUUAGUGUUGUGAGAUGAGCUGUUUAAGUCAUGGCGAGGAACGUGAUUCCGUGGGUUUGGCUGAAGAAGCCCAUCUACAUACAGGCUCGGUUCUCUUACUUGCACAUGAAGUACCUGUUCUUUUCCUGGCUGGCUGUGUUCGUCGGAAGCUGGGUGGUAUAUGUCGAGUACUCCUCUUAUACAGAGCUGUGCCGUGGACAUGAAUGCAAAAACACUAUUUGUGAUAAGUUCCAGAAAGGGGUGAUCGAUGGUACAGCCUGCAGCAGCUUAUGUGAGAAGGAGACACUGUAUUUUGGGAAAUGUCUGUCUGCCAAACCCAGUAACCAGGUGUAUUCUGGUAGCUGGGGAGAUUUGGAGGGUAUCAUUAAAUGCCACAUGGAGGACAUUCCUCACUAUGACCUAGAAGGAGAGCUGGAACCACGAAGAGAAUCGGCAGCCUUUAAUAGGCCAACUAGAGGCACAUCUGUGGAGAAGUUCAGAGAGAUGGUCCUGAGCCACCUAAAGGAGAAGGUGGGCGAUCAGGCCAACCUGCACGACUUGGUGGCACUUGUGCUUGGCGUGGCUGAUGCCAACAAGGACAGUGAAAUAUCUCUGGCAGAGGCUCGCUCAUCCUGGGCUCUGCUGCAACUGAAUGAGUUUUUGAUGGCAGUGGUUCUGCAAGGGCGGGAACACACUCCAAGACUUCUGGGAUUUUGUGGAGACUUGUAUGUAGUGGAAAAGGUGCCUUAUGCACCACUUUAUGGCCUCAGCCUGCCCUGGGCUGUGGAGUUAUGGCUUCCAGCUGGACUGCGCAGGAGAAUGGAUCAAUGGGUGACACCAUCAUGGCCUCGCAAGGCCAAAAUUGCAAUUGGCCUCUUAGAACUGGUGGAAGACAUCUUCCAUGGGCCAUUUGGCAGCUUUCUCAUGUGUGAAGUGAAUGCAGCGUGCUUCGGCUACACGGAGCGCCAUGACCUGAAGGUGCUGGAUGCUAGACGGAUCGUUCCUGAAGCUGCUUUCCAGAAAGUGAUGCGCGAGCGGCGGUGUGAAAUUGACUCCGACUGUCUAUAUGGAGUAGAUUGCCACACCACCUGUGACCUCACAAAGCACCGCUGCACCACUGAGGUGACGCAGCCCAACCUGGCUAAAGUGUGUGCUGCGCUAAAGGACUAUCUGCUCUAUGGAGCACCACCGGAAGUGAAGGAAGAGUUGGAAAAGCAGCUAUAUGCAUGCAUGGCCCUGAGAGGAGCCACUGAGCAAAUGGAGAUGGAACACUCGCUUAUCCUGAACAACCUGAAGACACUGCUGUGGAAGAAGAUUUCACACACCAAGGACUCGAAAUGAAAACUGAAUUAUUGUAGUUGUGUCUGGACAUGAAUCAAACUAUAUAGGUUUCUAAUCUAUUUUUUUCCUGAAAUGAAGCUACUCUGUGCUCCCAAGCGAGGUAUCAUUAUGGUGCAGCCUUUGCAUCAUUGCUGCCUCAUAGCUCCUGGGUCACCCUGUAUGUCCUGAAGCCAAGUUCUUCUCUGUGCACUUCUCCACAGGCUCACAUUACACUGUGUGCACAAUUAUUAGGCAAGUUCUAUUUUUGAGGAUUACUUUUGUUAUUUGUUAUUUGGCUUUCUUAAGAGAAUAUCUAUAUGUACACCCUUAUUAGGCAACUAUUAGUGUGCAGAAUUAUUAUGAACUAAAUGAAAAAGAUUUUCCCAACUCACUUGUUUAUUUUCACCUGUUAAAGUGAGAAUAAUAAACAAACUCAAAAUUUACAAAAAACCCUCAGUGACCAAUAUAGCCACCCUUGUUUUUGAUAACGGUCACAAGCCUUCCAUUCACGGAGUCUUUUUUUGUGCAGCCGCAACCAAAGCCUCGCAGACACUGUUCAGAGAGGUGUACUGUUUACCUUCACUGUACAUUUCCUGCUUAAGAAGGGCCCAAAAGUCCUCAAUAGGGUUUAAGUCAGGUAAAGAAUGGGGCCAUGUCAUUAGUUUUUCAUCAUUAAGGCCUUUACUGGCCAGCAAUCCAGUGGAGUACUUUGAUGCAUGUGAUGGAGCGUUGUCUUGCAUAAAAAUCAAAGUCUUCUUGAAAGAUGCAGACUUUUUCCUGUACCACUGCUUGAAGAAAGUGUCUUCUAAAAAUUGGCAGGUCUGAGGGUUGAUUUUAAGGCCAUGUCUCUGAGAACUGAACACCUCGUACUUCUUGACACUCCAGGUAGGUUGCAGUUGUGGAAUAUGGCAGCACUGGAGGAUAAUGGGUUCCUAGUAGCGUCAUGUUUGAUUCUUCUCAAAUCUUUGGCGGAUAAUUUGCGUCUUUUCUUCUCAACACGUUUCUUGCGACCCUGUUGACUAUUUGCAACAAAACCUUUGAUGGUUCUGUGAUCACGCCCCAAAAUCUUAGAUAUUUCAAGAGUGCUGCAUCCCUCUGAAAGACUUUCAAAAAAUUUUGACUGUUCAGAGUCAGUUAAAUCUCUUUUUUGGCCCAUUUUUCCUGAGAAGAAUCUGCCAAAUAAUUAUGCACACCUUGAUAUAGGGUGUUGAUCUCCUUAGGCCACACCCUCCCUCGUUGCACAAAUACACAUCACCUGAUAUGCAUUAAAUACAAUAAGCCUUCAAGUUUAUACAGCUUGGAGUUGGAAAUUAUGGAUAAAAUAUGGACAAAAUAGUCACUUGCCUAAUAAUUGUGCACACUGUAGUUUUCUCCUACCUCCAAAACUUCUUGCCUCUAAGUGGAUUGGCUAUGCUAAAUUGGCCUGUGCACUAACGAGUAUGCGAAUGGUGCCCUGCUAUUGAACAGCAUCUUACUCCUAAAGUAAUUAAGAUAAAUGAAUGGGCUCCCAAGGGGCACAACUGUGUGGUUUCCCCCUAUCAGGAGAUUGCUGAUCACAUACUGAUGAUGCCACAUGCUAUUCAUGGCCAGAAGACCAUAAUCGGUCAUGCUCUCUGGGUGGAAAGAAUUGUCCACUAAAUUGAUGUCAAGUAAGCAGCACUUAUUGCUGGCUGUCUUCAUGUCAUUUAACUAAGCAGCACCUGGAAAUUAGACGAUUAAUGUGAGGAAAAUUGGGUUUGAGAAAUUAAGCCGGUGAUCAUGCACUAUUGGAGCAAAUGUAGAAGACUUAACUAUAUACCUUGCUGUAGAAGACUAGAAUACUAGAGGUCCAGCAUUAAGGCAAAUAACAGCAGACAUCCCGCCAGAAGCGUCAAGACUGCCAGUGAAACCCUCAAACUACAACGUCCUAGUUUCUGUAUUAUAGAAUGGUGAAAUAUUUUGGAAGAUUUAUAAGUUUGUUCUAAUACCUUUAAUCUAAAAGUUAUUUAAAAUGUAAUUUUGUAGAGAGACAAUGUUGAUGUAUAAAUGGUUUUCAGCAGCAGUCCUGCACAGCUGUAUGUAGAAAGCAGUUUCAAGCAUUUUUAAAAUGAGGCAUGAUAUUUAUGUAAGUUAGAAGCAUGUUAUUAUUUGCAGAACUUGUAGCAUGUGUACGAGUGUGGUUCUGAUUUUAGUUGGAAAUAUCAGGAUUACCAUCAGGUAGAAAUCAAGCAGGGUGAAGGGCUUAAUUAUAACAUCCGUCUAAACCGAAGCCUUACCAGGUGUAAUCAGGAGUAACUGCAUGUCACUGCCCCGACUCAUCUACAGAACACUGUGUACUUAAUGUAUUUGAAAGAAGCAUAUUUGUCCAUAAAUAAAGAGAUUAUUGUUGUUAA